AGCCUAUUAUUUUUCGAACCAAUCUCUGUUUCAAUUUAAGUUUAUUUGAUCAAGAGGCGAGACCAGACGUUCCAAGCCCUGUCUAGGGUUUUAGCGUCGGCGGAUCGACGAAGCGCUUGAUAAACCGCGAAAAAAGGGUCUCGCUCUGUGCUGAGACCCCCUCCAACUCCAAUAACCCGGCAACUGGAGGAGGUGGAGCUAAGGAAGUCGGAAGAUAUGAGCGGUGUCGGAGCGCCGGAUUUCUUCUACAGAGAGGCUCAGCGCCUCGGAUACGUCGCCCGUUCCGCAUUCAAGCUUCUCCAGAUGCAGAAGCAGUACAAACUGAUUACUCCGGGAGCUUCCAUCCUUGAUCUUGGAUGUGCUCCUGGUGCUUGGCUUCAGGUGGCUUGCCAGACCUUGGGUCCUCUGGAGAAAGGUGGGGUCGUGGUGGGUAUUGAUCUGAAGAAGGUAAAGGUUCCUUGUUCUCAUUGUGACUCGAGAGUGAGAACAGUUUGUGCUGAUGUGAUGAAUCUUUUGAAGGAUCAAGUUAGGGCAAUGUCUCCUCAGAAAAGAGGAUUUUCUGUGAUACUAUCAGAUAUGUGUCCUACGGUUUCCGGGAUCACAACAAAAGAUACAGCUAUAUCAUGUGAGCUGGGGAUGCGAGCACUCUCAUUGGCUGUUGGGAGGGUACGCCAACCUAGUUCAGCUAAUAAUACAGAUCUAGAGGAUUGUCUGAGCAUUUCUGAACCUGAUGCAAAUGAGGAUGGUGUUCUUCAACAUGGGGGCAACCUUGUGAUUAAGCUUCUUGAGAGUGAAGAUAUACAAGGAUUCGGCAAAUUCUGCAAACUUCGUUUCAAGAAAGUAUCAUGGUUAAGGCCCAAGGCAACUAGAUCUUCUUCAAGAGAAAUUUAUUUGAUAUGCCUAGGUCUGCGGUAGUGCCAUUCAGACAGGAUUAUGCUAAAAAAAUUAUGUUCUCAUUGUAAGAAGCUGGGGUCACUCAAUUUUGAUCUGAUGACAUGAUGCAGCUAUCUGAUAUGCUGUUUCUGAAUGUGUUUGAUGUUGUAUGCUGCUCGAACUCUUUGAAUGAAUUUGAUAUCUAUCUCUAAAUAAACUAAAAUAGAAUUAGAAAGAAA